AUGGCCGCUGUGGACGGGCAGACCCAGUGCAGGCGGCGAGGACGCGUGCCCACUAGACACCAGCCUUCCCGCAGCCCCCCGCCUCGUCCCGCAGCCCGAAAUGAGCCUGGCCCUGCCCCGACCCUCGGCGGUGGGGCCCGCGCGCGGCACGCCCGGCUCCGCCGCAGCCAAUCGGCGCGGGCACCGCGGACCCUGGUCGGAACCGAACCAGGGAGCCCGGAGCCGCGGCCGCGAUGUCCCCGUCGCCGGACUGGCCACCCGCCACCCGCACGUCUCGGGGCCGCGUGUCCCGCAACCGCUGAACGAACUUGCUCCUUUGCAAACGCCGCCGAUCGAUCUGGCCAGGGGAGGUUUUUGGGGUUGCGUCGUCGUCGGCUUCUUCGCCUCUGCUUUUGGCUUUGGGAUUGUCGGGCUGAUCUACCUGGAUACGCGUCGCCUUUCUGGGCCUCAGAUGCCAGCUCUGAGAAACUCUUCAAUACUGUUAUUGUAAACAAAGAUCCGGAGUUAGGUGUUGGCGCACCACCUGAACAUGACAGCCAGGAUGCGGGGCCGAUUGUCCCCAAGAUAUCGGGUCUAGAGAGAAGCCAAGAGAAGAGCCAGGACUGUUGCAAGGAGCCCAUCUUGGAGUCCUCGGUGCUGAAGGAGCCCUGUACUCAGGUCCCGCAGCCGCUGUCCCAGCCCCAGGCGGAGCCCCAGCCCCGAGCGCCGUCUCCAGACUCCAGUUUGGCGCAGCGCACAGAGGCGCCCCCACAGCCUCCACGUCCCAGCAUACAGACACCGCAGGGUCCUGCCGAGGCCCAGCUCCAGCCAGCCCCACCGCCCCCGGCGCAGAGGGCACCCAGGCCGCACUCCCCUACGCAGCUGCUUCAUCCAAACCUUCCACCCGUACAGGGGCACCCCCCAGGCCCUGGCCUUGCACAGCCACUGUCCGCCUAUAAUAGCAGCAGCCUGAGCCUCAACAGCCUGAGCAGUAGCAGAAGCAGCACUCCAGCCAAGACUCAGCCCGCCCCACCCCACAUCUCACACCACCCUUCAGCCUCCCCGUUUCCCCUUUCGCUGCCCAACCACAGCCCCCUGCACAGCUUCACACCCACCCUCCAGGCCCCUGCACACUCACAUCACCCCAAUAUGUUUGCCCCUCCCACUGCUCUGCCUCCUCCACCACCGCUGACAUCAGGGACUCUGCAGGUGCCUGGACACCCGGCCGGGAGCACUUACUCAGAGCAAGACAUCCUGCGACAGGAGUUGAACACGCGUUUCUUGGCCUCUCAGAGUGCUGACCGUGGGGCUUCCCUGGGCCCCCCGCCUUACCUGCGGACCGAGUUCCACCAGCACCAGCACCAACACCAGCACACGCACCAGCACACACACCAGCACACCUUCACACCGUUCCCCCACGCCAUCCCUCCUACCGCCAUCAUGCCGACGCCAGCACCUCCCAUGUUUGACAAAUACCCUACCAAAGUUGACCCCUUCUACCGGCACAGUCUCUUCCAUUCCUAUCCUCCUGCAGUAUCGGGCAUCCCCCCUAUGAUUCCACCCACUGGCCCUUUUGGUUCACUACAAGGAGCAUUUCAGCCCAAGACAUCCAACCCUAUCGAUGUUGCCACUCGGCCCGGGACAGUUCCACACACUUUGCUGCAGAAGGACCCGCGGUUGACAGAUCCUUUCAGACCUAUGUUAAGGAAACCCGGGAAGUGGUGUGCUAUGCAUGUUCACAUCGCCUGGCAGAUAUACCACCAUCAACAGAAAGUCAAGAAACAGAUGCAGUCAGACCCACAUAAACUAGACUUCGGACUGAAGCCCGAGUUCCUGAGCCGCCCCCCAGGUCCCAGUCUCUUUGGAGCCAUUCACCACCCCCAUGACCUGGCUCGGCCUUCCACUCUGUUCUCCGCUGCUGGUGCUACACACCCAACUGGAACUCCUUUUGGGCCACCUCCUCAUCAUAGCAACUUCCUGAACCCUGCUGCUCACCUUGAACCUUUUAACCGGCCAUCCACUUUCACAGGCCUUGCAGCAGUUGGUGGCAAUGCCUUCGGGGGACUUGGAAAUCCUUCAGUUACACCCAACUCAAUGUUCGGCCACAAGGAUGGCCCCAGUGUGCAGAACUUUAGCAGCCCUCAUGAACCCUGGAACCGGCUGCACCGAACGCCUCCGUCGUUCCCGACCCCUCCGCCCUGGCUGAAGCCAGGGGAGCUGGAGCGUGGCGCGCCCGCCGCAGCUCAUGACAGAGAUAGAGAUGUAGAUAAACGAGACUCAUCUCUUAGUAAAGAUGACAAAGAAAGGGAAAGCGUGGAGAAAAGACACGCCAGCCACCUUUCACCAGCACCUCUCCUCCCGGUGAGCACCCUGGGGCAUCCCCGCGGCUCAGCCGAACAGAUCAGGGGUCAUUUGAACACUGAGGCUCGCGAGAAAGACAAGUCCAAAGAGAGGGAGCGGGAGCGAGAGCACUCGGAUUCCCGCAAGGAGCUGCCGGCCGACGAGCACAAGGCGAAGGACGGCCACGCGCCCGAGAAGGACGGCCACGGCCACGAGAGCCGCACUGGGCCCGACGAGGCCAAGCAGCUGGCCCGGGUGCCCUCGCCCUACGUGCGCACCCCUGGAGUGGACAGCGCCAGGCCCAACAGCACCUCGAGCCGUGAGGCCGAGCCGCGCAAGAGUGAGCCGGCCUACGAGAACCCCAAGAAGAGCGCGGAGGUCAAGGUGAAGGAGGAGCGCAAGGAAGAGCACGACCUGCCCGCCGAGGCACCGCAGACCCACCGGGGGGCCACCACCACCGAGCCGCCGCCCCCCAGCUCCUCGAGCAGCGUGCACCCCGGGCCCCUGGCCUCCAUGCCCAUGACGGUGGGGGUGGCCGGCAUUCACCCCAUGAACAGCAUCAGCAGCCUGGACAGGACUCGCAUGAUGACCCCCUUCAUGGGCAUCAGCCCCAUCCCCGGCGGAGAGCGGUUCCCCUACCCCUCUUUCCACUGGGACCCCAUCCGCGACCCUUUGCGGGAUCCCUACCGGGAACUGGACAUCCACCGCCGGGACCCUCUGGGCAGGGACUUUCUGCUCAGGAACGACCCUCUCCAUCGCCUCUCCACGCCACGGCUGUACGAGGCCGAGCGCUCCUUCAGGGACAGGGAGCCCCAUGAUUAUAACCACCAUCACCAUCACCACCACCACCCUCUGUCCGUGGACCCCCGGCGGGAGCACGAGCGGGGUGCCCACCUGGACGAGAGGGAGCGCCUGCAUAUGCUCCGGGAGGACUACGAGCACCCGCGGCUGCACCCGGCCCACCCUGCCUCCCUGGACGGACACCUCCCGCACCCCGGCCUCCUCACGCCGGGACUCCCCAGCAUGCACUACCCCAGAAUCAGCCCCACGGCGGGCCAUCAGAACGGACUGCUCAACAAGACACCCCCAACCGCGGCACUGAGCGCACCGCCGCCGCUCAUCUCCACACUGGGGGGCCGCCCCGUGUCCCCCAGAAGGACUACGCCUCUGUCCGCCGAGAUGCGAGAGCGGCCACCUUCACACACGCUGAAGGAUAUUGAAGCUCGAUAAGGAGGUGGAAAGGGCCGCACCCCCGAACCUAGAUCCUAUCCCAUCUCUGGAGCAG